UAUGGACCGGAAAGGAUUUACUGGUAAGUAAUUUCCAUAUAAGAUGGAAAGAAUUUUACUCCUCCGGAAAAAAUCUACCUGUGAAAUACCAUGUCUGGAAACUAUUUACUGUGACAAAUUGUCCGCCGCAAAUAAUAUCACAGAGAAAGAAGUAAACCGUUACAAAUAAGUUAUCACAACUCACUGACAUAUACAUAAACACAACAUUUACCUUUCAUCUGGUUAGAUGAAUACAAUACAUAAUGCCAUACUGAUACACAUGGUGUGAGUGUAAUAUUUAGGACAAGUUCAUUCAAUCUUCAAACGGGAAAAUAACUAAUGAUGCAAAAGGUUGGUACAAUGGAAAGAUCGCAAUGGACUAUUGGAGGACGUCUAAGACAUCAUGCAUCCAUAAGGUCAGACAAACCUGCGUUUAUCAUACGUUCUGCAAAGGGCACAAGAGAUGUUAUGUCAUGUCAGGAGAUUUAUGAACAGAGCGUUUUAUUUGCCGCAGGUCUUUUCCAGAAAGGCUUACGUAAAGGUGACACAGUUGGAAUAUCCUUUUUUAACAGCAGAGAGUGGCUUAUUGCAACUUUUGGAUGUCAAGUUAUGGGUGCUAUUCCUUUUCACUUCAAAUUUCAAUCCGAGAACGGAAAGGAAGUUUUACCCAUUCUUCAUAUUCUUGGAAAUUGUACAGCAAUCAUUCUGGGUUCUAACGAUGAGAAGAUCAAUAAUAAGUUUAUUGAAGGGCUGAUAAACUCAAUAAAUGGCAAGGAGAAAACAGGCCUGUCUGAUCUGAAAUGUGUUAUUUGCGAGGGAUUAGAGAAUGAACUUGUCCAAUGCAUUAAUUUUACAAGUGUUAUGAAGUUGGGUUCGGAAUUUGACUCAUGUCUUCCCGAAACUAAUCCGGACGAGGUUAUUAUAUAUUUCACAACGUCUGGAUCAUCUGGUUUACCAAAACUUGUACCGAAGACUCACAUUCAGCUUCUUGAUCAUGGAGAAGGAGCUGUUUUUGCAUGUGAAAUGUCUGCAGAUGAUGUGUUCUUCAGUGACAGACUCUUUGACUGGAUAGGUGGCUAUCCCGUUGUAUUUCUAGUUAGUGGGUCUACCCAUGUCACCUUAGCAGACCUAUUUACGAUUGGAAGUUUUUCGGAUAUAUAUGAUUUUAUGUGGCUAGUUAUGGAGAGUGAAAAAUGUACAGUUUCAAGAAUGUUGCCAUCGUUCAUCUUUGCACUGUUAAAACGAGAGAACCCUACAUAUCGAUUAAGAGUUAUCGAUACCAGUGGUCUUCCUGUUCCGGCGAACUGUGCUGAAGUACUAGGUAGAUUUUGUGAUGAGUUCGUUUCCCAUUACGGUUCGUCAGAGAUGAAUUUCGUAUCCUUUAAGCGCGUAAAAAGUCAAUCAGAAUUUUCAGAUUACUGUGUAGGCAAGCCUUUACCUUGGAUUGAAAUGAAAGUCGUAAAUCAAUAUGGAGAAACUGCACAGAAAAACGAAGAUGGAGAACUAUUUGUUCGCAAUAAGAAGAGUUUUAGCGGCUACUUUGGAAAUCUACAGGAAACAGAAAAAUCUAUUGAUGCAGACGGGUGGUAUAGAACUGAUGAUGUAGCUUUUAUUAAUGAUAACGGCGAAUAUGUUGUACACGGUAGAUGUUCCGACAUUAUUCUAUGUUAUGGGGCGCAUAUAAAGCCGGCGAAUAUAGAAGCUGUUAUGAUGAAACAUCCGGGUAUUGCCGAAGUGUGUGUUGUUCGAAUAAGUGACCCGGAAUCAUUUCAAAAACCGUGUGUAUGUGUUGUUCCAAAAGAAGGCAUUACGCUGACAGUAGAUGAGCUAGAAGCAUUUGCACUGAAAGAUGUAACUAACCUGGUGACAGUGGUAAUAAAGACACAAAUGUAUGUUAUUUUUGAGAAAUUUCCAAAAACUGUUUCUGGUAAACCAAAGCGAAAGGAAAUCCUUGCAACAGCUGUGCAAAGAUUAAAAAUUUAGUUCAAUUAUUUAAUACCAAAACCAUUCUGUAAAGAAAAUGACAAUAUACAAGUAGUUUUCAUACGAACUGUAUGCCAACAGAGUAAUUGUAAUCAGAUCUUAAUCAGAAGAAAAAAUGAAACUGGGUGCUUAAUACAAAGAAUUUUAAAUAAACCGAAAGAAAUU